AUGAUUGACGGAAGCUUCCUCGUUCCCCUUUCUCCCCCUACUUCGCCACGCAAUUCUGCGUACGGCACGACCGCUACCGAAACCGAUUGGCAGUCUUCCAGCACAAGGACAGAGCACACUCCACCACACUCGGACUGCGACAUGACCCUCCUCCAAGUCGAGGAGGCUAGCAACACAUAUGAUCUCAAGCGACCAUCAAUCCGAUCGCACAAGAGCUUCCCUUACCUCCUUGACAACAAGUCUCAUCUCAGCAGCAAUUCCAACUCACUCCCAACGGUGGACGAAAUCGAACCGCACGACUUGCCUACUGUAACCUUUGGUGGCUCAGCUCCUACUAGUCCAAUCUCUAGGUUGACACCACCUUCGACGCACGAUGGAACCGUCGACGAGAAAGUCGAGGACGAGGACGAUGAUACCAUCCUUGAUGACAAGGAUGAAGCUGCUGAUAGCGACGCCAACGAUGAGGAGAAGCCUAUGACAGCUGCAGAAAUCCGGGCAGCUAAGCGCAAGAUGAAGAGGUUUAGGUUAACGCACAACCAAACCCGAUUCCUUAUGAGCGAAUUUGCUCGUCAAGCCCACCCGGACGCCGCUCAUAGAGAACGUCUGUCUCGCGAGAUCCCGGGCCUCAGUCCUCGACAGGUGCAAGUGUGGUUCCAGAAUCGACGAGCAAAGCUCAAGCGCCUCACCAGUGAUGAUCGCGAACGCAUGAUGAGGUCUCGGGCUCUUCCAGAUGACUUCGACAUGGCACAAGCACUCCAUACUCCAUUCGGUAACUCACACGGACUUGGAACACCACUCACCUCUCCAGCUGCGUUCGGACAGGGAUUUUCUGAAGGUGCCAUGAUGCGACCCCUGAGCAUUGACACGCUACGACGAGCAGCAUUCGACCCUCACAUGUCGCCCACGGGCAUCAGCUCUGCCUUUGGCGGAUUCACAUUCACACCACCGCAGUCUGCGACCGACACACUCUCACCAAUAUCGGCUCACAAGUCACCGUUUGGUUUCCCUCCUGCACCGCUUGACACCAGUCAAAGGACCUCGAAUCCGUUCUCUAUCCCAGUCAGCACACCGGCAUCGUAUUCUUCCCAGCACAGGGCCCCGCGUCUUGCGUUACACGCCGACCAUGUUACCAGAACUCGUGCUGAAUCGCUGAACUCGCCACUUCGAACGAGCAUGAGUUACAGCCACGAUAGCGACGGAAUCCAAGCAUCGAUGGAUAUUGAUAGCCAUUCUGAUGCUUUACGACCUUUCUCGAGCUCAAUGCCCUAUGGCAUUGGUUACUCAUAUGCCCCUGUACCAGGUUUUCAGGCCUCAAGUUCUAACAGGAUGCGCUCCAUCUCAAAUGGUGUGCCCAGACGUAUCGAGUUGAGCACUCACUACACUCCAGGCCGCAAUGUAUCAACUCCUCAGACCGCUCAGUUCCCAUCAUAUUCUAGUGCACCGCUUGCCACACCACACUCCUAUGGUAUGCCCCAACUGAGUGCACCGCACCAUCUAUCUACCUUUUCCAACACGUAUCUUCAAAAUGAUUCUGCGCACAACGAUCACUACUCUGGGCUCAGCUCUUCUCUCCGGGACAUGCUCGAACACUCCGACCACGGAAGUAAUGGUCACUACUGA